UGAAAAAUACUCAAACUUCCUUAAGAAGAACAAGCAGUGGGGAUACAGCUGCUGAUGACUGAACAUGGCACCAAGGAGAUACACUGGUUGGCAGCUGUUGUUUUUCAUCUUGUUGCAGUUUUGCUUGAGCCAAGAGGAAACCACGGAGGUGAGAAAGGGAUAUGCUAGAGCCAAAGCCGAAGUAGUUCAGAGUCGGCAGCAGACUGAUGAUAAUGGUUCCAGGAGGGCGGUUAAAAGAGGGCAGAGUGAGACUUUUAAUGGAACAGAUGGCAUUGGUACUUCUUCAAGUCAAACAGAGGGACAACCAGGGAAAGUUACACAGGUACUAGAACAGCCAACGGGAAACAGAGACCAGGAAUCAUAUGCUCCACCACACUUACCGGAUUGCACACAGUGCUGCAGGGGGGAUUUUGGACAGCGUGGAUAUCUUGGACCACCUGGCCCUCCUGGUCCUAUUGGACUGCCAGGAAACUAUGGAAACAAUGGGAACAAUGGAGUACCUGGCCGUGAUGGGCCAAAAGGUGAAAAUGGAGACAAAGGCGAGAUAGGACCCCGAGGAGAGCGUGGAGUUCAAGGUCUAAAAGGAGAAAAAGGAUCACAUGGAAUUCCAUCCGAGCUUCAGAUUGCAUUUAUGGCAUCCUUGGCCACUCACUUUACCAAUGAAAACAGUGGAAUCAUUUUUAGCAGUGUGGAAACUAAUAUUGGAAACUUUUUUGAUGUUAUGACUGGAAGAUUCCAUGCACCUGUAACAGGUGCUUAUUUUUUCACCUUCAGUAUGAUGAAGCAUGAAGAUGUUGAUCAAGUGCAUGUUUACUUAAUGCACAAUGGGAACACAGUUAUCACAAUGUACAGCUACGAGGCCAAAGGCAAACAUGACACAGCAGGAAACAGUGCCGUGCUGAAGCUAGUGAAGGACGACGAGGUUUGGGUGAGAAUGGGAACAGGGGCACUUCAUGGAGACCACCAGCGCUUCUGUACCUUCUCUGGCUUCCUGCUCUUUGAGAACUAACCAUACAACAAACUGACCAUACCGUUAGAGUAGUGUGCUGAAGAGCCCAUACAGUUAGUGUAGUGUGCUGAACAGCCCAUACAGUUAGUGUAGUGUGCUGAAGAGCCCAUACAGUUAGUGUAGUGUGCUGAAGAGCCCAUACCGUUAGUGUAGUGUGCUGAAGAGCCCAUACAGUUAUGACCUAUUAACCCAGAAGACCAUAUUCACAAAACCUGUUUUUCAAGAGAAGUUUUUAGACAUAACUUUAAACACUAAUACAAUGUAAGUACAUUUAUUUUUUUACUGUGUGUUGAUUAUACCAAUACAUCUUUUUUCAAGAUCCUGAGUUUUUUUUUUUUUUUUGUUUUUUAAAUACAAGUCUUGCAAGGUUCUAAAAUUCACUUGUAAGUCCUUAAAUUCCUUCUCCCCUUCAACGCCAUGCAACGGGCAGCGGGAUCAUGUUCCUGGGGGGUGUUGGGUCAGUUCCACUUCCCCUUCCUUUUAUCCCAAAGACCCACAUUUGUUGGCAUGGGGCUCCAGGUGGUGGUGGUCCGAAGGCUCCAAAGGUUUUGGAACUGAUGCCAAAGUUACUUCGCUUCUAUCAAUUGUCUUCCAGUUGGGCUUGUUUGCAACUUUUAUUUGGUCUUAGAUCCAAGCUUCCAAUUCAAUUUAAUUCUCAACAUGGUUUAAUUGGCAAGCAUACAACUUAUAAUUUCUGUCACAUUCUCUAUUUGUGUUUCAUUUUCAGAUUCACUAAAACUUUUAAUCCUAACUUUUUAUCCCAGUGCUUUUU